GGGGUGGAGUAGUUUUUGGGCUCUAAGGCCUUCCAAGAUGCUACGGAUAUUGCCACAAUGAACAACACGAUCGAGAUAUAUAACAAGGUUCAGGACAAAGUGUUGCAACAUCGUCCACACUUCGUAAUUGGUGAGCUCACCUUCAUGGAAGGUGAGGAAAUGGAUAAGCAAGGAAAGAGCCUAGUGCCUCCCUUUGAUACCACCGUUAGAGUACAGUGGACAUGGGAUGAAAAAGGAGCUCUUUUAUUUCCCUCAACCGUGCUUGAAGAAGGGGAGGAGCCUCCUUGGAGCUUUGCCAAUUGGGUUGGUGGCAUGCCUCAUUUAGGAACCAAAGCCACUUCACCUUAGUAGCCUCUAUCAAUGGCCGCCACUGACCCCUCUGUUGUAGCUCUGAGACCUAUAGCUGCCCCAGUGCCAUUGCUCGUGGUGGAUCUAACAAAGGAGUAGGAUUACGGUAUGCACCAUUGUUUUUUAUUUUUUAAUUUUUUGUGCUAUACUGUUUUUGGUUCAUUUUUGCUCAUUUGGUACUUUAUGUAUUUGAAGAACAUUAGCAUGAAAUGAAAAGAAACAUCUUUU